AUCCAAGAAUACGUAAAUCUGAAUUUCACAAGAAUCGAAUUUGAACUUGCUUCAAUUAGAAUCAGAUUCGUGACGCUCAAGUGCUUCCUAUUUCAAAUCAGCCCUUUUUCUUUUAAAAUAAACGAGAUUUUCUAUUUUCUUAUUUUGUUCUGCAAAACCCUAAACCCUAAAGAGAAGAGAAGAGAAGAAGAUGAGGGAGGAAGAAGUGGCGGAAAGCAUAACCUCAAUUCUUGUUCUUCAGAAGAAGAAAAAGAACGGUGGAGGAGUGGAAUCAGAGAAACUAGAAUCCUUCAUCCCACACCUCACUCUCCCUCUCAUCCUCUCCAUCCUCUCACGCAAGCCCCUCAACUCCGACCCCGCCGCGCUCCUCUCCUUCUUCCGGUGGCUCCAAACCCACGCGCCGCCGUCCCUCUGCUCCUCCCCUGACCUCCUCCUCUCCCUCCUCCCUCCCCUCCUCGCCCGCCGCAAGUUCUCCGACGCCAAGUCCCUCCUCCUCUCCUUCAUCUCCUCCGACCACCGCCACGCCCUCCACUCCCUCCUCCUCCGCCCCAACCCCGCCCUCUCCAAACCCCUCCUCGACACCUCCCUCGCCGCCUACGUCCACGCCAACCAACCCCACCUCGCUUUCCAGCUCUUCCAGAAAAUGAAACGUAUCCGUUUCCCUCCCAACCUCCUCACCUGCAACACCCUCCUUAACGCCCUCGUCCGCUCCCCUUCCUCCCACUCCGCUCUCCUCGCCGAUCACGUCUUCGAAGACUCCCUCGCUCUCGGCGUUGAGCCCAACACCAACACUUUCAACAUCUUAAUCUAUGGCCACUGCAUCCAAAACAAGUUCAACCACGCAUUCGCCCUCGUCAACCGAAUGGCCGAAUUCGGCUGUUUUCCAGAUAACAUCACUUACAACACUAUCUUGGAUGCCUUGUGUAAGAAGGGUCAGUUGACUAAAGUAAGGGAUGUGCUUCAGGAAAUGAAGAAUGCCGGGUUGGUUCCUAAUAAGAAUACUUAUAAUAUCCUUGUUCAUGGGUAUUGCAGGUUGAAGUGGUUGAAGGAGGCUUCUGUGGUUAUUGACUUGAUGACCAAAGAUGGUAUGCUGCCCGAUGUUUGGACUUAUAAUACCUUGGUGAAAGGGCUGUGUGAUGAGGGGAAGAUUGAUGAGGCGAUUAGGGUUAGAGACGAGAUGGAGAGUUUGAAGUUGAUUCCGGAUGUUGUUACUUAUAAUACUUUGAUUGAUGGGUGUUUUAAGUGGCGUGGCAGCACGGAGGGGUUUAGGUUGUUGGAGGAAAUGAAGUCGAGGGGGGGUGUUGAGCCGAAUGCGGUGACUCACAAUAUAAUGGUUAAGUGGUUCGGUAAGGAAGGUAAGAUCAAUGAAGCGAGUGAUGCUGUGGUGAAGAUGGUCGAGAGUGGGGUUUCUCCCGAUUGUUUUACUUAUAAUACUAUGAUUAAUGGUUUUUGUAAAGCUGGGAAGCUGGGAGAGGCAUUUAGGAUGAUGGAUGAGAUGGCAAGGAAGGGGUUGAAACCAGAUAUUUGUACUCUUAACACCAUGUUACACACUUUGUGUAUGGAGAAGAAGCCUGAAGAGGCAUAUGAGUUGACUGUGAAGGCCAGGAAGCGAGGUUAUAUUCUUGAUGAGGUGACCUAUGGAACUCUGAUCAUGGGAUACUUUAAGGGUAAGCAAGAAGACAAAGCUUUGAAGCUUUGGGAAGAGAUGAAGAAGAGAGGGAUUGUUCCUAGUGUUGUCAGUUAUAACCCUCUAAUCAGAGGGUUAUGCCUGUCUGGGAAAACUGACCAAGCAGUGGAUAAAUUGAAUGAGCUUUUGGAGAAGGGUUUGGUCCCUGAUGAGGUUUCAUGUAACAUAAUUAUUCAUGGUUACUGCUGGGAGGGAAUGGUGGAUAAAGCAUUUCAGUUCCAUAACAAAAUGGUAGGGAACUCAUUCAAACCAGAUAUCUUUACACGUAACAUUCUCCUUCGAGGACUUUGCAGAGUGGACAUGCUGGAGAAAGCUUUUAAACUCUUUAACUCAUGGAUCUCUAAACAGAAUUCUGUUGAUGUAGUUACAUACAACACAAUGAUUUCAUACCUUUGCAAAGAAGGGAGAUUGGACGAAGCGUUUGAUCUUAUGACUGAUAUGGAGGUUAAAAAAUUUGAGCCUGACCAGUAUACUUACAAUGCCAUUGUUAGGGCACUUACUCAUGCUGGUAGGACCGAGGAAGCAGAGAAAUUCAUGUCAAAACUUUCAGAGACAGGGCAAGCUGUGAAAACUCAUGACACUUCCCAAGAGCUUGAUGCUUCAAGUGAUAUUAUGUACUCUCAGCAAAUAAGUGAUUUGUGUACCCAGGGGAAGUACAAGGAGGCAAUGAAACUAUUUCAAGAGUCAGAACAGAAGGGAGUUAGUUUAAAUAAAUAUACAUAUAUCAAGCUAAUGGAUGGGUUUUUGAAGAGGCGCAAAAGCAUAUCGAAAGUUGACCAUGCAAAUUGAAACAAUAAAUUGGCUAGGUAUUUAUCUUGGCAUAUGGAUUUGGGAUGCCCAUGAUGCUGAAACAUGUUGUAGAGGUGCAGUUAUGAUAACAUUCAAUGAUUUCAUCAAAAAUGGGUAUAUAUAUAUAUAUAUAUAUUAAGAGUACCAGUGGCACUAAAGAUACAUGAUGAGAGUAUGCAGACAGCUGGUUCCUUUGGUCAGACUAGAAAAUCUGAUAAGCUAUGUUGUCAAUUGCGGGCGUCGCGGCUCCCAUCUGCGACGGGGAUGGACGUAGCGGCGUGGUUCAACGUCACGGUUGGCGCGGCUGCUAUCACGGCGGAGCGUGGCAGAGUGGCGCGGGAUCUGGACCGGAUUUUCGUGCCGCUACACUGAAGCUGUGGAAAUUCCGAAAAUGCCCUCACUUAAUGCGGGAAAGUGAGGGUAUUUUUGUUUUUGUAUUACCUACUCAGGGCUCCAUAGCUGGAAGUCGAAAACCCUAGCAUGUUGCUGCUCUUCACACCUGCGAGGCUGCAACACCCCGGCGAGGAUGUGACCCCUGCGACACCGGCGAGCGCCGCUACCUCCUCCACACCCAGGAGCACGCUGCGAGUCUGCGACAUUGUUCGUACCUUUCUUUCCCAAUACGCUAUGAGUCUGCGACAUCGUUUCCUUGCUUGAGGUCUCUCCUGCAAAGUGAGGUGAAAGAAGCUCGAGUGAGUUUUUGCUCGGGGGAAAACUUGACUGGUGAUUGAUAAAAGGGCAGUUCAUGCAACCAUCCUUACUGACGUAACAAGCAAUCACUUGAAGGCUACAUCUGUGGCUGAUUCAUGAUCUGACUAUCUGGGUGAUAAUGAUGAUUUUACAACAUGAAAUCAGCUUUUACUAUGACCAGGAUAAUAAGUGUAAUGCUACAAGAUUCCGAGAGGAGAAAGGGGUACUUUAAGCUUUCGAUGGUGUGAUUCAUUUGUUAUCAAUGUAAGAUUUAAGAUGGUGUUGGCAUAUGAAUAGAACGGAAUGGGACAACCUGUUCGGUUUAGAUCUUUGGGGUUUUUACCUUUUUGUGAAACUAAAAUGUACCUAGUUUUGUUAUGAUUUGGAUUCCCAAGUUCUUGUUAUGAGUUGAGCUCCAAAAAUUCAUUACGUCGACUGGUCUUGUACCACAAUUAAAUUAACUUGGAUUUUGGAGUUUAA